AUGAUGAGCAUGGCAGAGAUCGUGCAACUCAAAUUCUUGACAGGUGCCACUUCCUCUCCUUCCUCAGAGAGACUUUGGGCUGCCGGCCAGACUCUCGUUACCCUGGGUAGUCUCAGCGUGUUCUCUGGAGUCAUCGCUGUCUUCCCCGCCUUUUCUUACAAGCUUUGGUUCACAGGAUGGAGCAUUCUGAUUGCUUGUCCCAUCUGGAAUGGAGCUUUGGCCAUCACGGCUGGUGUGCUUCUACUACUGGCUCACAGGGAGUGGACCCAGAGAUACCUGUGGGAAGCCAGUUUCACCUUUGUGAUUCUCAGCAUCAUGGGGUGCCCAAUUCAUUUUGCAAUAGCCUUGGAAUCUGCUCUACUUGGCCCAUAUUGCUUCUACUCGUUUUCAGGGAUUGCAGGGACCAAUUACCUUGGUUAUGCAGUGGCCUUUCCAUUUCUGUAUGCAAAAUUCCCAUCAGUCUGCAUGGACCCACCACACUACGAGGAGUACCACCUGAUGCUUCAAGUCCUUGACCUGUGCCUGAGCUUCGCCAUGCUCUGUGCCUCCUUGACAGCGCUUGCCAAGCUUUCUUCAAGACUUAUCCGGAAUGGAGACAUAAAUGUAAGCUUCAUGAAAGGGGGAACCAGUGAAAUGUCCUGA